UGUUAUACAACUUCCUCUUUAACUAUCCCCCACCAUCCUCACAUUUUAUAAAACCCCACAUCCCUCCUUUCCCUCUCCUUCAAUCCUUCAUCACACCCAUCAUUUCUUCCCUAUUAUCAUUGUUCCAUUAUCCUUAGUUCAUCACACCCCCUAAUCCAUUAAUCCUCUUCCUUGUCAUCACCCCCAACAAAGUACACAUCCCAAUCAAACCAAACAUAAAUAAGCAACAAAAUGUGCAGCUCCAAGACCAAAGUGACUCUAGGCAUAGAAGCCACAAACACAGCCACAUCUCCUGUGGCCAGAAUCAAUGGCAGGCCAGUCCUUCAACCAACAUGUAACCGAGUUCCUAACCUUGAGAGGAGAAAUUCAAUAAAAAAAGUGUCACCAAAAUCUCCUUCUCCCCCAUCACCACCAAACAAGACCUCAUUGACACCUCCAAUUUCUCCAAAGCCUAAGUCCCCAAGGCCUCCAGCAAUAAAGCGAGGCAACGAGAGCAAUGGACUGAACUCAAGUUCUGAAAAGAUUGUGACCCCAAGAAACACCACAAAAACUCCAUCAACUCUAGAGAGGAAAAAGUCCAAGAGUUUUAAGGAGGCAUCAUUAAGUUACUCUUCCUCUUUGAUCACUGAAUCCCCAGGGAGCAUAGCAGCAGUGAGGAGAGAACAGAUGGCACUGCAGCAUGCAGAGAGGAAAAUGAAGAUUGCACAUUAUGGAAGAUCAAAGUCUGCUAAGUUUGAAAAAGUUGUUCCUCUUGAUACUUCAGCCAAUCUUACCUCAAAGACAAGUGAGGAGGAGAAGAGAUGCAGCUUUAUCACAGCCAAUUCAGGUAACCGAGAGUUCAAAUUAGAAUAUAAAUUUACUCCCACUUUUUAUACAUUGUGCAAUGUUCUAAUCUCAUUGUUUCUUUUUAUAUAUAUAGAUCCCAUCUAUAUUGCUUAUCAUGAUGAAGAAUGGGGAGUUCCAAUUCAUGAUGACAAGAUGUUGUUUGAACUUCUAGUUUUAAGUGGUGCUCAGGUUGGAUCCGAUUGGACCUCAAUCUUGAAGAAACGCCAGGAUUUCAGGACUGCAUUUUCAGAAUUUGAUGCAUCAACUUUGGCCAACUUGACCGAUAAACAAAUGAUGUCUAUUAGUUUGGAAUAUGGCAUUGAUAUAAGCAGAGUUCGAGGUGUUGUUGAUAAUGCUAACCGAAUUUUAGAGAUUAACAAGGACUUUGGUUCAUUUGACAAAUAUAUUUGGGGUUUUGUCAAUCACAAACCCAUCUCCACGCAAUACAAGUUCGGCCACAAGAUCCCAGUGAAGACGUCAAAAUCAGAGAGCAUGAGCAAAGACAUGAUCAGAAGGGGCUUUAGGUUUGUAGGUCCAACAGUCCUACAUUCAUUUAUGCAAGCAGCUGGACUCACCAAUGACCACUUAAUCACUUGCCAUAGACACUUGCAAUGCACCUUAUUGGCAUCUCAAUAGUUCCAAUUUCAACUAAACAAGAGAUUGACCCGGAAGAGAUCAAGACCAAAAUCAUGUGUGCUGAAGAGCAAAUAUAUAUAUGUAAUGUACUAACUAUAGUAUUUUGUGUAAAAUAUUAGAUUAGACUAGAUAGGGGAAAAAAAAGUUUUCUGAUUUAUGAGAUGUGUGGAUUUGGGUGUGGUUAAUUUGCAAUUGAUAGUUUAAGAAAAAUGAUUAUUAGAGAGAAGUGAAAGGUUUAGGAUGGUGUUAUUAAGGACAUGUUUGGAUGCAUGUCUCAUCCACAUCCAAACAAGAAUCAUGUCAAUCCAUGAAAGAGUUACUCUUUGUUAAUGUUAAAAAAGAGUGAUGAUUCACCUUCUGGAUUUGGUUGCAAAACACACACUAGGUAGUGAGAGGCUUAGGGGACAGUGAGCAUGUGCAUGUGCUAUUGUGAGGCAAGGGCAUGUGUGGUGUCAGUUUGCUUUUUGGUUUUAGUCCAUGUGAGCAAUCAGGCUUUUUCAUUAUUUAUUAUUCCCUGUAACAGCCUGUGUGGGAUACUUGCAUAGGGGGAGUGUAGGACCACAUUCCCCUUCUUUUCCUCUUUAUGGGGUUCUUAUCUUUCAUGUAUUCUUUAACUUUUUGGCUUUGGUGAAUGUUAUAGCACAAUAUGUUUUAGAG